GUCAUGACAGAUCGCGGAACUGGGCGUUCCCGCGGUUUUGGCUUCGUCUCUUACGAGACCCCUGAGCCAGUAGAUGCCAUUAUGUCCAUGCACAAGGAGCAUAACAUCAUGGGCAAGUGGAUCGACUGCAAACCUGCCACAGCGGAGGGUACCAAGGGAGCUCCGAGCAAAGGUGGUGGCGGCAAGGAUUUCGGCAAAGGUAUGCCCAAAGGCAUGGGGAAGGACCGAGCCGGAGAUUGGAAAGGCGGUAAGCCCGAUGGAAGCUACGGAGCCAAGAGCUAUGGAGGCUAUGCCGCAUUUCCACCGCCCGCCGGCUGUGGGGGAAGCGGCUGUGGUGCUUAUGGAGGCGCCGCCGCAGCCGGGGCCUACGGCGGUGGUGGUUGUGGCGGCUAUGCAGGUGGCUGCGCCGGCUACGGAGCUUUCGGUGGCUACGGAGGAGCCGCUUUGUCCCGGCAUUUACUUGCCGCCGUAAUGCCAGCAUCUGGCUCGCCGCCACCAGGUUUUCGCAAACACAUUCGCCUUGUUGUCUCCAGCGACGGACAGACAGUGGAGCUUCAUGUACUUGUGGAACACUUAGAGACGGCACCGCCGCUGCCGGCUUGGAGUUCCCAAGAGUGGGACGACUACGAAAAAAGUUUUUUCGGCCCAGAUCCGAUUCUCGACCGCGCGGAGGAGUUUGACCCGCUGCGGCCGCACACAGCUCUGCCGCGUGGAACCCGAAGGGUGCAGCCACAAAGCUGUCGAGGCCGUGAGUUUGAGCACGGCCACCGGCUUCCUCCCCAUCAGCGGAUAGCACAGACCCGAUGGCUGCACUUAGUUUCCAGGGUGCUGCGACACCACAUCGGAUGGUGCAACUUCGACGUGGACUACCGAGUCUAUGGCCCUGGAGUAACAUGCAGGCAAGUUGAGAAAUGGGAGAGACGACAUGGAGAUGUGGAUACAGUGCGCGCGCGGCGGAGAGAGCUCCGGGACUCCAUCAUUGAGGAACGCCGUGCAGAGAAGCUCCGCAUCAAGGAGGCUCGGAAAUCCGAAGGGCUCAAAGUCCAGGCCCAGGAGAGGCGUCAGUGUAAGGAAACAAGAAAACGCCACCGUCCACCACAUGCAGCAUGGCGGACCACCGAGCAUUUCCUCAUGGAUUCCUUUACCCUGCAUGGGCAAGAUGACGACUGCGACCGUGCCAUGGCAGCACAGCUGGGCUUGGAUGACGAAACCUACCGUCAGCUCAAGUCGCUGGAAGGGCGGGAGAUCCGACCGGAAGACUACGAUCUGCUCGGAAGGCUCGACGAAAACCUCAAGCGCGAAACAUUGGAAGGCAAAUGCCUCCAUGUCUUCCCGACAGAGGUCUACGAGCUGGGUUCCAAGGAGCCCGCAUCUUGCGGUAUAUGCCUGGACGAGUUUGAGACUGGAGAAGUUCUUCGAACGCUGCUUCCUUGCGGCCAUCGAUUUCACAGGAGUUGUAUCGACCGCUGGCUCACAGAGACGUCCGCACUUUGCCCUGUGGACAAGAUCAACGUCGGUGAGUACCGGGCCUGCCUCGCAAGCUCUGGCGGCGAAGGAGUUGACCGCUGUGCUCUUCCCCAGGCUGACGCAGUGAGUCCAAGAUUGCUGGACAGUCGGCUCGGCAUUUCGGCGUGCUAUUUCAACGAGGGGUCCCCUACUUAG